UAUCAAAUCUCAGAGCUUCAGAAUCGAUCAGAAGAAAGGCAAUGGCGACGGCGAUACCUCUCUUCGCUUCUUUCAAGUACGCCGAUAGUCUUACCGUCGUCGGAAUCUCAUUCUGCACAGCUUUGGUCUGCGAAGCAAUCUCAUGGAUCCUAAUCUACCGAACCAGCUCUUACAAAUCAUUGAAAACUUCCAUUGACAAAGCCUCCAAGAAGCUCGAGACGAUGAAGACUGAUAACACUUCGUCCAAGCUAACAGUCAAGAAAUCGAAGACGAAGAAGAUAGAUCGCGUUGAAAGCAGCUUAAAGGAAUCGAGCCGAGAUCUAUCGCUGUUUAAGUUUAAAUCUGGUGCCGUUGUGGCUUUGGUUCUCUUUGUUGUGUUCGGGUUGUUGAAUUCAUUGUUUGAAGGGAAAGUUGUAGCGAAGCUUCCGUUUCAUCCGAUUACGAUUGUGAGGAAGAUGAGUCAUAGAGGAUUGAAAGGCGAUGAUUCCACGGAUUGUUCCAUGGCUUUUCUUUAUCUGCUCUGUUCUAUUAGCAUAAGGACUAAUCUGCAGAAGUUCUUAGGAUUCUCUCCGCCUAGAGGAGCUGCUGGUGCUGGUGGUAUGUUUCCCAUGCCCGAUCCAAAGACGAAUUGAUCAGGUCUGAUCUGAUGAAAUUGGAUUUAGCUCAAUGCUGAUUCUAGUGCUUGUUUUAGUUCAGUUCGUAGAGAAGCACUUUGGAAGCUUCGAGUCUCUGUAGUAUGUUGUUUUGGUUCAAAAUUUGUUUACAUGAUCUGCUCUUCUGAUGUAGUCACGAUGCAGCAUGUCCUGUGACUACUGCUGUUUUCUUAAUUCUGACUGCAAUCUCAACCUUGAUCUUUGUCUAUUCAACUCCUUUUCAUACUUGACAUCUU